AUGAAGUAUUGUAUUGUUUCACGAGAAGCAUAUAGCAGUGUCAACGUACAGGGUAGGCAGGCAGCACAGCUCGCACUCAACCUCGAAGUCACGUCUCUUCUCUCGUUCCUCGCGCUUCGCCAGUCGGCCUAUCUAGCCGACUACGCUGUCCAUUCAUGGGCACAACUGUGGCAUCACCAGGCGCCUCGACGGCGCCAGUCGAGCGAGGACCAGCCCGUGCCAAGGCUAGCCGUCGAAAGCCGCACAGGAAAUCUCGAGCCGGAUGUUCUGAGUGUAGACGUCGACGGAUCAAGUGUGACGAGCAGAGACCCAAAUGCCAUGCCUGCAUCCGACAUGACGUUUGUUGCGUUUAUCCAACAGCUUCUCAGGCCCCUCGCGUGGGGAAUCAAGGACCUGUCACUGGUCUUCAUGCAGGGUCUCCAGUUUCUGCGUCUCAAGAGGCACCCCCCCUAUGACUCCUCAAGAGACUUGAAAGGCGCAGCAUGCUCCUUUGACAUGGAUGAUAUGCUGCUCCUGCACCAUUGGUCAGAUUUCCGGCGCGCGAUUCACAACCUCAGCCUCGAUGAAAGCAGCAACGCCUCCGUCGCGCCGAGCGACGAAGCCAGCAACGCUUUGUUUGCCUGCGCAUCACUCAACGUCAUCUACACGCUGGCCACACUCCGCCCCAUCGCCGACAAGGACCUUGACCCCCGUGCCCGUCAUUCUCGAGCUCUGGGCACAGAAUUGAUACCUAUUGUCCGUGGGGUAAAGACGAUCGUAGUACAAGUCUACGAGCGCGUAAGACUGGGCCCCCUGGGACACUUACUUGACAUUGGCAUCUGGAACCAGCUCGAGCCAGACGUGCAUACAGACGAUUCGCCAUUUCAACGGCUGCGCGAGAUGUGGGUGCCCACACAGGCGCACGCAGCGGGAGAUUCCGUCUACGAUGAGACACUGCACACCCUGAGGUGCUGCCGCAUGUACCUCGAGCAUUUCACGACAGUGGACGAGGCCUCUGUGCAUAGUCGGGGCUACAAUCGUGGCUGGGCAAGUCCGCUCUUUUUCUUCAUUUUCGCGCCCGAGGAGUACUUUUCGAACUCGAUUCGAUCUUACGGGGUAGGCCCGGCACAUGGCCUAGCCAAAUGCGGUGUGGCGUGGCGUGGCAUGACGGUGUGGCUGGGGCUGGCGGAUGGUGCCAUCAAGCUCCCCAAUUGCUUCAGCUCACACCAGCUUGUCGUCGCUCAAGUCACACAUCAAACUCGGCUCAAGACCAUCUCGACCAUGGAAGACGGCUUUGACUCAUCUGACUUUGAGGAGCUCCUCACCCCUGACGAGGCAGAGAGCAUACAAUGGUCCUCUCCCUCGUCCUCAGUCGCGCCCACGCAUGGGCAUCCGCCGUGGAAGGGCCACGGAGACCGGCUCGUCGGGAUCGUGGACAUGGGGAGCAACGGCAUCCGUUUUUCCAUCUCAGAUCUCUCCCCUCCCAUGACGCGCAUCAUCCCUACGGUCAUGGUGUACCGCUCGUCCAUCUCGCUGUAUGACGCGCAGUUCGACGAGGAGACUGGCGAGAAGGUGCCCAUACCCAAGAAGACCAUUGAUGCCGUGUGCAACGCCUUGCAGAGGUUCAAGGUCAUCUGCACCGACUUCAACGUCGCCGACGACCAGAUCCACAUCCUCGCGACCGAGGCCGCGCGUGUCGCCAAGAACUCAGCAGAAUUACUCGACGCCAUCAAGGAAACCAUAGGAAUCGGCGUGCAGCUCCUCGAUAAGGAAGAGGAAGGCCAGAUCGGCGCCCUGGGCAUCGCUAGUGGCUUCAUGUCCAUGGAGGGACUGGUCAUGGACCUCGGCGGCGGCUCGACCCAGAUCAGCUGGAUCGUCAGCCAAAACGGCUUCAUCAGGACCAGUCCACGCGGCAGCUUCAGCUUUCCCUACGGUGCUGCGGCGCUCACGAAGAAGCUUGCAGACAUCCAGGAGGGGAAGGACAAGGAGGAGGCCAAACAGGCUGUCGCCGAGUUUCGGAAGGAAAUGAUUGGCAACUUCAGACAUGCUUACGCGAACUUGGAGAUUCCACAGAUACUCGUUGACGAGGCCAAGCGGGACGGCGGCUUCAGCAUCUACUUGUCUGGUGGCGGCUUCCGAGGCUGGGGAUACCUGUUGCUGUACAUGAACCAGACCAAGGGUCACCAUUAUCCCAUUUCCAUCAUCAACGGGUACACCGUGGACAGCAAGGAGUUUCAGGACACCGAGAAGAUCAAGGAGAUUGCCAAGGCGGCAGAGGACCUCUUCCGAGUCUCCGAUCGACGCCGGUCGCAGGUUCCUGCCGUGGCAUUCCUGGUCAACGUCCUCGCCGAGGCCAUCCCCCUCGGUCUCAAGGAGGCUCAUUUCUGUCAAGGCGGCGUGCGUGAGGGGUUUCUUUUCCGCCAGCUCCCCGUCAAUGUGCGCAAGCAGGCGCCUCUCGAGGUUGCAUCGCGCAAUUUCGUACCCGGCAACAGGAAGCAGAUCCAACGAUUACUCGAGAGCGCCAUACCCGAGCCCUCCUCAGACGGCAGCAGACGUUUCCCUCCGGGAUUUGGGCACCAUGUCAUCGACGCCUUUGCCAACGUCAUGUACGUCCACAUGUUCAUGUCCAAGGAGACGGCGUCGGCGGCCGCCCUGUACAGCACGUCGACGGGCAUCAUGUCCUCGACACAUGGCGUCUCCCACCAGGACCGCGCGCGACUGGCCCUGCUUCUCCAGGCGCGGUACCGCGGUGAGCUGCCGCCGCGCGAGGUCGACUUCCGCCAGGCGCUACGGGACAUUGUCAGUCCCGAGGACGUCUGGUGGGCGCAAUAUCUCGGCCGCGUAGGCUUCUUGAUCACCUGCCUCUACCCGACGGGCAAAGUUCACGCGUCCAGACCCACGGUUCUCUUCACGGCGGACUGGACGUCGGAUGCGGGCAAGGACAAGGACGAGGAUGGUAUUGUGCUGACUAUUGCGCUGCAAAAGGUCAAGAACGACAAGGCGCACUUUAAGAAGACAAUUGAGGAUAACAUGCGUAAGGUGGAAAAGGCGGGCAAGAAGAAGAACUGGGAGGGAGACCCGGCGUGGGGAUUGCGCGUCAAGGUGACGGUGUCAGAGGAGGGAAUCAUCUAA